GCGUCCCAUCACCAUGACUGGCCUGUGAGAUUCACAACUCGUACUGAGUCGUUCAUGCCCAGUCCCUCUCGUCCGAAGCCGAAUACGUCUGCCAAAGGUGCUCCUUCAUCGUCUCCUGCACUCAUGGCAGCCUCAUCAGUGGGCCCCAGCCACUGGCCUGUAAUGACUGCUGUACCGCCGGAGCGGCAUCACUCUCCUCGCUACCACGAGCCUCUGCUCCUGCACCCGCAAUCCCACCGAGAGCGCAAGGCCGCUGGUGCAAGCUUGGACCCAAGCGAUCUCUUGGGCCAAGACUUAUUGCUAUGGUACGCAAAUGUGGCAGAUACAAGGGGCAUGCCGUGGCGGCAGAAGUGGGUCUCCCCCAAUGAGGAGCAGUAUGUGGCCACGACAGCAGGGCGCGCUAAUCUCAGGGAACUUCUUGAGCGGAGAGCGUACGAAGUCUGGAUCAGCGAAAUCAUGCUCCAGCAAACUCGAGUCGCAACGGUCAUCUCAUACUGGCAGUCAUGGACGUCACGAUGGCCGACGAUUCAAGCCCUCGCUGCUGCUUCUCCCGACGAUGUUCUAUCAGCCUGGAAAGGCUUGGGCUACUACUCUCGCGCAACCCGGAUUCACCAAGCUGCACAGGCCAUUGUGGCCGAUCCCGAGCUCAAGGGGCUCUUACCAGCUACUGCCCAGGACCUCGAGAAGAAGGUGGCUGGAGUCGGCCGCUAUACAGCUGGCGCCAUCAGCUCUAUUGUGUUCGGCAGGGCAGAGGCCAUCCUCGACGGCAAUGUAUCCAGAGUACUCUCACGUCAGCUGGCUCUCUACGCAAAUCCUAAGAGCAAGAUGACCACGGAUCUUCUCUGGGAUGCUGCUCAAAAACUCGUAGAAGGUGUGGCUGGUUUCAGCAAGUCUGAUGACGAACGAGCUGUAAGUGAGGUGCCAGGUCUCUGGAACCAAGCGCUGAUGGAGCUGGGCAGCACAGUCUGUACGCCGAUCCCAAAUUGCGGAGGAUGUCCUAUCAGAUCCACUUGCAGAGCAUAUGCGGAGGGAGAACAAGUGGCUGUGGAUAGAGGGCUAUUGAGCACUGCAGAUGUCGUCAACUCACUGCUCGCUGCCAGACCUGACGAGCGUCAUACUGAAGAUCUGGAGGACUUGUGCCAAUUGUGCGAGCCAUUCUCGGCCUAUGCUGGGCAGGAGGAGCAGGACGUCGUGAAAGUGCAGGAUACAAAGGAAGGCCCCAAAACAGCAGCGAACGGCAAGCGCAAGAAAGACACUGCUGGUGUAGGUACGUCAGCAAAGAAAGCAAGGGCUCAGCAAUCUAGUCUUCUGGUUCACUUCAAGAAGAGGAGUCAUGAUACGACCCAAGACGAUGCGGUGAGGCCUGAAAAAGAUACCCACAAAAUCGAGCCCAGGCUUGCGGGCUCCGCGACUGCUCUCACGCCUCGUGCCCCUUCACGAGAGGCUCUAGAAGUGAUCCAAACCCAUGUCAAGCGGUUUCCGUUCAAGGUACGAAAAGCUCAGGUCCGAGAGGAGAAAUGUAUCGUUUGCAUCAUCGAAACACGCUCCUCUGCAAAAGCGAGUCGGUACCUGCUAGAGCAACGUCCUGACAAGGGCCUGCUGGCUUCACUCUGGGAGUUCCCUACUCUGACGCUAUCACUACCUGACUCACAUCACGAUGAUGACGACGAAAAUCAUCUGUCCACUGCGCGGGAUCCUCCAGCCUCCCACACCACUCAAGCUACAAAGUUUGUGCAAAGGCUCCUCAAGCUGCCACAAGCAGGAAGGGCGGAGCACUCGGGUCCAUUAGGUACUCUGACGCACGUCUUCUCACAUAUGAAGCUAGAGAUGAAUGUGCAUCACUUCAGCGUCAGCGGGGAUGAGGAUGAGGGACGUAUUGAAGCAGCUUUGGUCAGCAAGGCGAAGCGGAAAUGGUGUACGGCUGAAGAGGUGGAAGCAGCGAGCAUAGGUACGGGUAUGAAGAGAUGCUGGGAGCUCCUCUCCACUAGAGACACGAGCGCCGUGAGGGGUAAAAGCGGGCCACAAGUCAAGGACAGGAAGAUGAAGCGAAAGUGAGGCGUGGGCGAGCGAUGGCCCAUCGAGACAUCCUCAAGGUCCUCCUGAUGCUGUGUGC